AUGGCGAAGAACAAAACUAGUGUUUCUAGUAAAAGAGAAAAAAGCGAUGAAGAGAAAGAUAUAAAUUGUAAAAGAAGGAUUAAGGGUUUACUACAAUUGAUUGGAUAUCAAUGCCCUACUACUGAUUCCGUUACUCUUCGGGCAGAAGCCGAACGCAAGCUGAAUGAAAUCAAAGAAAGAAAACACAUUCAUCAAGAUUCCAGUUCUUUAAACAUCGUCGCUUGUGAAAUCAAGAAAAGAAAACCCUCCACAACAGGUAGGGUUUAUGGUUUGGAUUCAAACCUAACGAAAGACCCAUCAACGUCAAGAUCACAUAAUCGUGGUUGGAAAUGUCGUAAACUUAACCAUGAUGAGAAUACGACACAGCAGACUGAACUUCCACCGAAAGUGAAGAGUUAUAUAAAGAAGAUAAAAGGUUCGGAGAAGGUGGAAUUCGUGUUUGAAAAGCUGUUAACAAGAAGCGAUGUGAACAAGGGGCAAGGCCGCUUAUUGAUGCCAUUAAAGCAAGUUAAACGACGAGAUAUUUUGUUUCAAAUGGAGAAAUUAAGAGAAGUGGUGCGUGUUUAUGUGCCUUCAAGGGAAGAACAUUAUGAAGUGUGUUUGACACAGUGGAAUAUGAAUGGAAAUCAUAACUUUGUGUUGAAGUCUGGUUGGAAUCAGGUUGUUAACGAGAAUGGACUUGAUGAUACUAAGGUGGUGCAAUUAUGGUCGUUUCAAGUUGGAGAUACUCCAUCCCUUCUACUUGUUCUUGUGGAUGACGACAAUGGUGAUGAAAGUGAUGAUGAUGGUGGGAUCUAUGGUGUUCCAAGAUCCGGUGGAGUGAUCAUCCGGGAAUCCAAGAUAGGUGUGACCUCAUCUACAAGCGAAGAUGAAACAAGUUUGAGAUCAAGAAAAGGGAAAAGGAAGUUGCAUGAGUUGUAG